CAUGUGUAUGUGCCUCUCUGUCGCUUCCUUUUGACGUUUUCUUAGCUGUUUUUUUUUUUAUCUUUCCCUCUUUCUCUAUUCCUUUUUUGUUCUUUUGUGUUUUUCUCUUCUUCUUCCUCUUCUUUCUUUGUUCAUUUAGUUAUUUUGGGGUCCCUAUAUUUCUCCAUCUCUUGCCUCUCAUUUUGAUUCAUCCUCUCUGGUUUUUACUGCUCGUCUUUCUAUUUGCAUGUUUGCGUCAUGGAUCGUGAUUUUCGUCGUCGUGGCCAAAAGGUGAAUGAUCGUUCACCGACCAGCCGCUUUGUUCGGUUGGAUAAACCGACAUCUGUAGACGAUAUUGAUAUAAGCAAGAAAGGAAAGAUGCGUAGGUGGUUGUGUUGUUCUUGUCAUGUACAAGAAUCUUACCACCCUUCACCUGAACAUAACCGAUCCAAAACCCCUCCUACACGCAACUACGACUACGGACGUAACAAUAAGAAACCACCAGUUCCUAUGAAGCCUCCUACUGUCUCCAAGGAGCCUACUACUAUCGAAGUCCCUGCAAUGUCAUUGUCUGAGCUCAAAGAAAAGACUGAGAACUUUGGAUCAAAGGCUUUGAUUGGAGAAGGAUCCUAUGGUAGAGUGUACUACGCAAACUUUGAUGAUGGCAAGGCCGUGGCUGUUAAAAAGCUCGAUAACUCAUCCGAACCCGAGACAAACGUGGAGUUCCUGACACAGGUCUCAAAGAUUUCAAGGCUAAAGAACGACAACUUUGCUCAGCUUCUUGGCUAUUGUGUUGAAGGAAACGUUCGUGUCCUUGCUUAUGAGUUUGCCACAAUGGGAUCCUUGCACGACGUUUUACACGGAAGAAAGGGAGUACAAGGAGCACAACCUGGUCCAACGCUUGAGUGGAUGCAACGAGUCAGAGUUGCCGUUGAUGCAGCUAAAGGGUUAGAGUACUUACACGAGAAAGUUCAGCCUCCUGUUAUACACAGAGAUAUUCGUUCUAGCAACGUGCUUCUUUUCGAAGACUUCAAAGCCAAGAUUGCUGAUUUCAAUCUGUCGAACCAAGCUCCUGAUAUGGCUGCUCGUCUUCAUUCCACUAGAGUCUUGGGGACAUUUGGUUAUCACGCGCCAGAAUAUGCAAUGACAGGACAGUUGACACAGAAGAGUGACGUUUACAGUUUUGGAGUUGUGCUUUUGGAGCUUCUAACCGGGAGAAAACCGGUUGAUCACACGAUGCCUCGUGGUCAGCAAAGUCUCGUCACUUGGGCAACACCAAGGCUGAGUGAAGACAAAGUGAAGCAAUGUGUUGAUCCAAAACUCAGAGAAGAGUAUCCUCCUAAAGCAGUUGCAAAGCUUGCGGCGGUUGCAGCUUUGUGUGUGCAAUACGAAUCAGAGUUUAGGCCAAACAUGAGCAUUGUAGUAAAAGCUCUUCAACCACUCUUGAGGUCUUCAGGAACAGCUGCUGCUCGAAACGCUCAAACUUGAUUUUUUCUUGGUUGUCGCGAGUUGAUUCAUUCAUGUCCCCAAGGUUUACAGAUGGCUUAUUGAGGAGGAGAUGGUGAGUAGAGUUGAUGGAGAUGGACUUAAGACUUCUGAUUCCUGACUUCAUAACAGAAUCAUAAUUAUACAUAGCUUUUUUAUGUUCUUUUAAAAGAUGGUUCAGUAACCUCUGUUGUUUGAUUAACAAACAUUCUGUUAAAGUUGAUUAUGACACAUAUUUGUCUACGUUGUUUUAUAUUGUCACAUUAUUCUUCUGAAAGACA